CCGCAAGGGAGCAACAAAGGGACGUUUGUGGCGGUGCUGCUGGUGCGUGGGGAUCAUGGCAGUGAAGAAGGAUCGUCGGUUCUUUGACGAGCAGCUGAUCAUCGAGAGCAUGCUCGGGCACAACAGGAGAGUCGUCGCUCACUGGUGAGGGGGGGGAGGGAUGGCCGUCACACACAGAAGAUGUGCACUGCGUUUUGUUCGGCCUCUUGUCUGGGUGUGUUGUGUUGUGUUUGCAGUCGCAACUUCGCCGCCAUUGUGAGUGGGCUGGCUGCCGGCAUCCUGGGACUCACGGGGCUCUGGGGUGAGCGAAGCGAAGCCGAAUGACGUGGCCUGGAUGGAUUGAUUGCACAUCACAUAGAUAUGUGACGCUGUUGUGUGGUCAGGUCUGUUGGUCUUUGUGAUGGCCACGCUGGGUAUAUCGCUGAUACUGCUGGCUCGAGUCAACUUUGACACUUCGUUGUACUUCCCGACGGUCAAGGAGGUCCUCAUCGGACAGUUCUGGCACGGCAUGAUGGUACGCACACACACGCACUGUCAAAACGUGCAUGUGUGGAUGCAUCAAAGAUACCUGUCCACUUCGGUUCGGUGUGUGUGUGUCAGUCGUUCAUUCUCUUUUGGACGUUGGCAUACGACAUGGUGUACAUCUUCUGACUGACUGUCUGACGAUCUGCGUGCUGAUAUGACGACUCUUGCCCCCCUUGCCGACGUGGUGCCCCUCUGACCUUUACUUGCC